AUGGCACUUCCAAACAAAUCACGUAACAGCAGAAGAUCCUCAUCAACAACAUCUUACACAUCAACUAUAACAACAUUAGUCUUUAUUACACUAUGUGUCUUAGGUGUAUGGAUGCUAACAUCAAACUCUGUUGUUUCACCUAAAACACGUUCAGCUGUUGAUAACUCUGCUUCCACCACCAACGAUUUUUCUUCCAACGAUGACCGAAUUGAUCAAACCAACAAGAACAACGACGACAACAACAACAAUAAUUCAGACGAUUCAACAUCCGAAAGCACCACCAACAACAACAAUAACUCAGAUGAAUCAACGUCCGAAAGCACAACCAACAACAAUAAUAAUAACUCAGAUGAAUCAACGUCUGAAACCACGAACAACAACGACAAUAACAAUAACAACAACAACAACAAUAACAACAACAACAACAACUCAGAUGAUUCAACAUUAGAAACUACAAACAACGAGAAAAACUCGGAUGGAUCAACAUCUGAAACCAACACAAAGAGCAAAGAUCAAAAGGAUACUGCUACUGUGUACGGAGACAAUCCUGGUAAUCUACCGGAUGAUGCUAUCAAAAGUGAUGUUGCUAAUAACAACAACAAUGACCAACCAAAACAAGAUCAUAAAAAUUCAUUUUCUCAAAAACAGAAACAGAAAAAUUCAAAUGAUGAUCAGAAAAAUAUUGUUUCUGAGAAAGAUGAAGAAAGUACUCAAGUGUCUGAAGGAAACAAUAACAAAGAUGCUGUAGAAGGUGAAAACCAAAAUGCAAAGGGUGAUCAACAACAAGAUGGUCAAAGGUUUGACAAUAAUGAUCAAGGGUCUAAGAACAAUGGAGAUGGAGUGAAUGAACAACUAAAAGAUGACAAAGGUGAAAACAAGAUCAUGGAAAUAGAACAAAAGAAAAUGUCCAAAGAAGAACCAAAAGAACCAGAAAAAGAGAGUCAGGAGGAAGUAGUAGAGAAACCGAAACCAGAGAAGAAGAAGAGGAGGAAAUCUUCGAAGAAGGAAUCGAAGAAACAAUGGUCGACACAAGCAGAUGAAUCUAGAGGUGAAAAAGAGAGACAAAACAUAAAUGAAUCAGGUAGUAGUACCAAUAGUGUUGUUGAUCAAGAAGUGCAAGAUUUGAAGUGGAGUAUAUGCAAUGUAACCGCUGGUGCUGAUUAUAUUCCAUGUUUGGACAAUGAAAAGUAUCUUAAGACUUCACAUAGAAAACACUAUGAACAUAGAGAGAGGCAUUGUCCUGAGGAUGCACCAACUUGCCUUGUCUCACUUCCUCAAGGAUACAAAACACAUGUUCCAUGGCCUGGUAGUAGAGAUAAGAUAUGGUACCACAAUGUACCACACGUUAAGCUAGCUGAAGUGAAGGGACAUCAAAAUUGGGUGAAGUUGAUGGGUGAGUUUUUGACAUUCCCUGGUGGUGGCACUCAGUUCAUUCAUGGUGCUCUCCAUUAUAUUGAUUUUCUUCAAAAGGCUCAGCCAGAUAUUGCAUGGGGGAAGCAUACAAGGGUUAUACUUGACGUUGGGUGUGGUGUUGGUAGUUUUGGAGGUUACCUAUUUGAAAGAGAUGUUAUUGCUAUGUCUUUUGCCCCAAAAGAUGAGCAUGAAGCACAAGUUCAGUUUGCACUUGAGAGAGGAAUACCAGCUAUAUCUGCUGUCAUGGGUACUCAAAGGUUGCAAUUCCCAAGCCGUGUCUUCGAUCUUAUACAUUGUGCGCGAUGUCGAGUACCUUGGCAUGAAGAAGGUGGUAAGUUGCUUUUGGAAUUGAACCGGGUUCUUAGACCAGGUGGUUUUUUUGUAUGGUCUGCCACUCCUGUGUACCAAACGUUAGAGGAAGAUGUGGAGAUAUGGAAGCAAAUGACCGCGUUGACCAAGUCCAUGUGUUGGGAUCUUGUGACUAUAAAAAAUGAUACUCUGAAUCAAGUUGGUGCUGCCUUCUUCAGAAAAACCACUUCCAAUGAAUGUUAUGAGCAGAGAGACCAAAGCCAACCUCCAAUGUGCAAAGAUGAUGACGAUCCAAAUAAUGCUUGGUAUGUACCUCUACAAGCUUGCAUGCAUAAGUUGGCUGCUGACAACACUGAGAGAGGAGCUAAAUGGCCUGAUGCUUGGCCUCAAAGACUACAAAAAGCACCAUAUUGGUUAAACGAUGCACAGGGUGAAAAACCAUCAUCUAAAGAUUUUGCAGCUGAUGGUAAACGUUGGAAAUACAAUGUUGUAGAUGAGCUUAGCAACAUGGGUGUUGGUUGGUCAGAUGUGAGAAAUGUCAUGGACAUGAGAGCCACUUAUGGAGGAUUUGCAGCAGCUUUGAAGGAUCUUCCUCUUUGGGUGUUCAACGUGGUGAAUGUGGAUGCUGGAGACACACUGCCUAUCAUCUAUGAGAGAGGUCUUAUUGGAAUAUACCAUGAUUGGUGUGAAUCCUUCAGCACAUAUCCACGAACUUAUGAUCUACUGCAUGCAGAUCAUCUUUUCUCAAAUCUAAAGACUAGGUGCCAACUUGUUCCUGUUACAGCAGAGGUUGAUAGAAUACUUAGACCAGGGGGUCAUUUGGUUGUCCGUGAUGAAGCUAGUGUAAUUGAUGAAGUGGAGAAGUUGGUGAAAUCUCUGAAUUGGGAAAUAACCUCCAAAACCUCCAAAAACCAAGAAGGGUCGCUCUGUGCAAAGAAAAGUCACUGGCGACCCAACUCUUAAUGUUCAAUCUCAGACGAAUAGUUUCAAUCAAGCAGAGCAACAUGCAGUGACAUUGGUUUCAAUAUGGUAUAGACCUUUGAUGGGAGAAUAGUUGUCUGAAAACAUGAUACCCUUCUAUUGAUGUAUCAUUCAAGUAGUACGCCAGAGUCGAUGCUGUAAUACAUGUUAAGGAAGUAACAGAAUUUGUAGUUUGUUGAUUUAAAAUGUUGUCCA